AUGACGACUGUUUUUAAAUCAACUCUUGUGCCUGUCUUAGCUUUAGGCAAGAUUUUUGGUUUGAUUAACAUAUCUUAUAUACUUGAUCCAGAUGGAUUAUUGACUUUGAAUUUACACUCAACAUAUUAUUAUUCAUUCCUUGAAUUUACACGGAUGAUUGUGUUGUUAAUAUUCACAUAUAUGGUUUUUAUCGAAGAGUUGUAUUAUAUCAUACAUUACCGUUUAGUUAAAUUUUGGAUAGCUAUUAUUGCAGCAAGAUUAUCAGAAAUAUGGACAGUAAAGUAA